AUGGGGGUCCCAGGUGGGACCAUGAGGUUCUGGGGCCAUGCUGUCCCCACGUUGCUCCUUCUACCCCUGUGUCUGCUGGGGAGGAUCGUGGAGGGCCAGGCCCCGGAACAGGGCAAGGAGGGGGGCUACCUGCAGGAGGCCAUCAGGGCUCUACAACUUGGGUCUCAGACCCAGCUCCAGAGGGACCAGACAGGGGUCCUACUCUCCACUGUCCUCCAGGCUGUGCACUGUGCAGAACGGAUUGGGGGAUCGCAGGAGCUCUGUGACAGGGUAAGACCUAGAAUGUUCUAUGACAUCCAACUGUUACUCUCUAUCUGUUAUGGGGUUCUAUGCAUAACAUUCUACUAUAUGACACUUUUAUUCCAGUUAAGGUUUUAAUACAAAAAAUAACAUUAACAUUAACAGCAAUUACUACCACAGUAGAUACGAUCUGCAUUGACUCCUGUCUGUUCAUUCUGGCAACCCUGCUUGUCAUGGUUGGAAUGUGAGUGUGUGGAGGCUUAAGGCCUUGACCCCUAUGCAGCACUCAUGCUGAGUGGUUUUAGAGGUCCCUCAAUUUGUCAGAACACCACAUAAAAAUGUGGUCUGUGAGGCACAGGGUUUCUGUGUGUCUGUAUGGGUGGGAUUACAGUGUGUGUGUGUGUGUGUGUGUGUGUGUGUGUGUGUGUGUGUGUGUGUGUGUGUGUGUGUGUGUGUGUGUGUGUUAGAAGCCCUGAAUGGAGGUCUCAUUUGAACAGGGGAUUUAGAAAUUAGGAAAGCAACUCAUUCAUUAGAAAAGGACUCUUAUUACCCUGAAACAUUGUGUAUUGAAAAUAUUUGCAAGGGUUAAUGCUUUGCCCACUCUCUUGCCCUUGUGUGCUUGUGUGUUAAUGUGUUUGUCUGGCCAGGGCUAUAUUCACACUAACACAAAGCCCCUCAUUUCACAAGGAGCCAUUGAAAGGGUAAAACAGGCCUAUUAUCAGACAAUGAAGGGAGAGAAAGAGAAGAAAGUAUGUGAAUUACAUGGAUUCAGUUUUCUUUCACAGGGGUUAAAGCAUAUUACUGUACCUCUUACUGUACCACAGAACAAAAUGUUCACUGUGACAAAGAACAUGCCUUGGAUCUUUACCACAAACUGUUUGCUUGUUGGCUUUUAGUCCUUUUUGUCAAAUGUACAGAUUUCUUAUUAAUCACUCUGUUCAUAUUCACUGAUGGCUGGUCAAUUUGAUCUGGAUCAAAAUUAGUUACAGUAAAUCCACUUGUACCGAUUCCAUGGCACAGGGUGUAUGAGUUGAUAUAUAAAAUGACGCAAGAUUCAAGACUUUGUGCCUUUCAUCUAAAAUGAUUGUACAGAAUUCUUGCCACCAACAAAAUGUUGAAUAUUUGGGGCAUAAAUGGGGCAUAAAUGUUGAUUUUGUUGUGAGGAUACAGAAUCAAUAGACCAUUUGUUCUGGUAUUGCUCUCAGGUAGCCUGUUCCUGGUCUCAGGUUCAGGAAUGGCUGAAAAAGCAUAACAUUAAUCUAAAAUUAACCCUAGAAAUAGCAUUGUUGGGAGAUCUGGAGAGACCUGGUCAGUCAAUUACUAAUAUACUAAUAGUCUUAGUAAAAGUAUUUAUCUAUCUUUAAUUCGCAAUCUGUGGAUUCUAUUCGAUUAGAUAGAUUCAAAUUGUAUGUUAAACAUCACAGCAUAGUUGAAAGAUAUACACCACCAGUCAAAAGUUUUAGAACACCUACUCAUUCAAGGGUGUUUCUUUAUUUUUUUACUAUUUUCUACAUUGUAGAAUAAUAGUGAAGACAUCAAAACUAUGAAAUAACACAUAUGGAAUCAUGUAGUAACCAAAAAAGUGUUAAACAAAUCAAAAUAUAUUUUAUAUUUGAGAUUAUUCAAAUAGCCACCCUUUGCCUUGAUGACAGCUUUGCACACUCUUGGUAUUCUCUCAACCAGCUUCGCCUGGAAUGCUUUUCCAACAGUCUUGAAGGAGUUCACACAUAUGCUGAGCACUUGUUGGCUGCUUUUCCUUCACUCUGCAGUCUGGCUCAUCCCAAACCAUCUCAAUUUGGUUGAGGUCGGGGGAUUGUGGCGUUCAGGUCAUCUGAUGAAGCACUCCAUCACUCUCCUUCUUGGUAAAAUAGCCCUUACACAGCCUGGAGGUGUGUUGGCUCAUUGUCCUGUUGAAAAACAAAUGGUAGUCCCACUAAGCGUAUCGCUGCAGAAUGCUGUGGUAGUCAUGCUGGUUAAGUGUGCCUUGAAUUCUAAAUAAAUCACAGACAGUGUCACCAGCAAAGCAUCCCCACACCAUAACACCUCCUCAUCCAUGCUUUACGGUGGGAAAUACACAUGUGUACACACUGCUAGUAGAUUGUAUGUUUUAAUAUUCAAUAAUAAAAAAUAAACAUCAAAAUAAAAAAUCCACAGAGGGGUUGGGUUAAAUGCGUUAGACACAUUUCAGUUGAAUGCAUUCAGUUGUCCCCCUUUCCCUUUCCUCUCACUUGGGAAAGUCAGCUGUACUGUAGUCAUUUCUGCCUAGGGUUGCAAAGCUACCAGUAGUUUACCAAAGUUACCGGAAUCUUCAGUAAUUUUGGUAAUUAACAGAAAAUAUAUGGCAAUAAAUUGUAACUUUGGUAAUUUAGACUUGAAUAAUAAAUACAAAAAUCUAUUCAUAUAUAUAUAUAUAUAUAUAUAUAUAUAUAUAUAUAUAUAUAUAUAUAUAUAUAGUGGGGAGAACAAGUAUUUGACACACUGCCGAUUUUGCAGGUUUUCCUACUUACAAAGCAUGUAGAGGUCUGUAAUUUGUAUCAUAGGUUCACUUCAACCGUGAGAAACGGAAUCUAAAACACAAAAUCCAGAAAAUCACAUUGUAUGAUUUUUAAGUAAUUAAUUUGCAUUUUAUUGCAUGACCUAAGUAUUUGUUCACCUACCAACCAGUAAGAAUUCCGGCUCUCACAGACCUGUUAGUUUUUCUUUAAGAAGCCCUCCUGUUCUCCACUCAUUACCUGUAUUAACUGCACCUGUUUGAACUCGUUACCUGUAUAAAAGACACCUGUCCACACACUCAAUCAAACAGACUCCAACCUCUCCACAAUGGCCAAGACCAGAGAGCUGUGUAAGGACAUUAGGGAUCAAAUUGUAGACCUGCACAAGGCUGGGAUGGGCUACAGGACAAUAGGCAAGCAGCUUGGUGAGAAGGCAACAACUGUUGGCGCAAUUAUUAGAAAAUUGAAGAAGUUCAAGAUGACGGUCAAUCACCCUCGGUCUGGGGCUCCAUGCAAGAUCUCACCUCGUGGGGCAUCAAUGAUCAUGAGGAAGGUGAGGGAUCAGCCCAGAACUACACGGCAGGACCUGGUCAAUGACCUGAAGAGAGCUGGGACCACAGUCUCAAAGAAAACCAUUAGUAACACACUACGCCGUCAUGGAUUAAAAUACUGCAGCGCAUGCAAGGUCCCCCUGUUCAAGCCAGCGCAUGUCCAGCCCCGUCUGAAGUUUGCCAAUGACCAUCUGGAUGAUCCAGAGGAGGAAUGGGAGAAGGUCAUGUGGUCUGAUGAGACAAAAAUAGAGCUUUUUGGUCUAAACUCCACUCGCCGUUAUUGGAGGAAGAAGAAGGAUGAGUACAACCCCAAGAACACCAUCCCAACCAUGAAGCAUGGAGGUGGAAACAUCAUUCUUUGGGGAAGCUUUUCUACAAAGGGGACAGGACGACAGCACCGUAUUGAGGGGAGGAUGGAUGGGGCCAUGUAUCGCGAGAUCUUGGCCAACAACCUCCUUCCCUCAGUAAGAGCAUUGAAGAUGGGUCGUGGCUGGGUCUUCCAGCAUGACAACGACCCGAAACACACAGCCAGGGCAACUAAGGAGUGGCUCCGUAAGAAGCAUCUCAAGGUCCUGGAGUGGCCUAGCCAGUCUCCAGACCUGAACCCAAUAGAACAUCUUUGGAGGGAGCAGAAAGUCCGUAUUGCCCAGCGACAGCCCUGAAACCUGAAGGAUCUGGAGAAGGUCUGUAUGGAGGAGUGGGCCAAAAUCCCUGCUGCAGUGUGUGCAAACCUGGUCAAGACCUUCAGGAAACAUAUAAUCUCUGUAAUUACAAACAAAGGUUUCUGUACCAAAUAUUAAGUUCUGCUUUUCUGAUGUAUCAAAUACUUAUGUCAUGCAAUAAAAUGCAAAUUAAUUACUUAAAAAUCAUACAAUGUGAUUUUCUGGAUUUUUGUUUUAGAUUCCGUCUCUCAUAGUUGAAGUGUACCUAUGAUAAAAAGUACAGACCUCUACAUGCUUUGUAUGUAGGAAAACCUGCAAAAUCGGCAGUGUAUCAAAUACUUGUGCUCCCCACUGUAUAUACUGAACAAACAUACUGUAUAAAUGCAACAUGCAACAAUUUCAAAGAGUUACAGUUCAUAAGGAAUUCAGUCAAUUGAAAUAAAUAAAUUAGGCCCUAAUCAAUGGAUUUCACAUGACUGGGCAGGGGUGCAGCCAUGGGUGGGCCUGCCAGGCCCAGCCGAUCAGAAUUUGUUUUUCCCCACAAAAGGGCUUUAUUACAGACAGAAAUACUCCUCAGCACCUGUCAGGAGGAUGGAUUAUUUUGGCAAAGGAGAAAUGCUUACUAACAGGGAUGUAAACAAAUGUGUGUACAAACUUUGAGAAAAUGUUUCAGCUCAUGAAACACUUUACAUGUUGCGUUUAUAUUUUUGUUCAGUGUAGUAUUCACUUUUUAUGUCUGUGUCCAUAUUGUCCAUGAGUUUCUAGUAGAUAGACGAUAUGGUCCAAGAGAAAAUAGCCUAAUUAAUGAAACAAAUCAUCUAAUCAACAAUGGCAUUAUUUUCAAUUAACUCUGCAACUCUUCCAACUAUUGACGUUUUUCACAACUGCCACCAGUUUGACGGUAAAACAUUGACAACAAAUACAUACUGACAUAGUAAGAUAAAUACAAAUAUUAUAUAAAGGAUAUUUCAUGCUGAAACCCUCAUAUUAAACACCAAUGGUAUUCACUAAGUUGAUGGUUUAUAUUUUAGGAUAAUGUUGAAAACAUUCUAUUUUUUUUUUUUAAUCAUCGUAUUGAAGUAUUUCAUAUAUUUCAUGUGAUAAGGCCACACAGAGGGCCAGUGAUAAUUACAGACACCUGUACAAAUCUGAAGUACCCAAAAGGGCCACUAGAUGUCUUGUGAUAGAUUAUAUAAAAUUCUGAUUGAAGGUUUCCAAUAAUAUACCCUCCCUUUCAACUCUAUUUCUGCCUGACUCAUUUCGCAAGCUUCCAGUAAAGGUUUUACUUCAUUGCCAAGCAGCUGGAAUGUUUACUUUGCAACAUAUCCCCUAUAUCACACACAUUCUGCAUGACAUGUUUGAUUGCUAUGUUUACAGUGCCUCACUCCAGACCUUGUCCUCUCUGUCCUGGAGGACGAUAGGAAGGCUUACCUCACCGAGGAUGACUACCAUAGAGUCUCCACCAUUCUGCUCCACUACAUGAUCAACAUGGAAGACCUGUGUGCCACCAACCCCUCCCCCUCCUCCUUUUCCUCCUCCUCCUUGUCACCUAGCUACCAGUACUACCUUCUGGCCCUGACCAACCUCCAACCUACAGAAGAAAAAGGCUUCCUCUCCUCCAAUGAGAUAGAGAGCAUUCUGCAGCUCAUCAACCAGCACUAUCAACCACCUGCUCCAGAGACAUCUGGCCCCUCCCACUCACAGGUAAGACUGCUGCACCUCUAGCAUAAAACGUCAUGUCAACAAAGGCACAUUUCUUCACAUCACCAGAGAAUCAUCUCAAUCUCCACACAUUGAAAUAGCUGCAGACUGUUAGAGAUGGAGACUAGAGAUUUACAUGAAGAUAUUCCCAGUUGUAAUCCAGUGACACAUCAUCAUCCUUCAGUGUAUCGAUGCCUCCCAUCUACUGGAUGAGGUGGGGAUCACAGAUAGCCAAGGUGCUGAUCCAUCCUCCGUGUCCAAACUGGCUGCAGCCAUCAUCACCCACACCCUGCAGGGCCAUUGUUUCAGCAAGAGGAACCUGCCCUCCCCUGCCUUCUUUACAGACUACAUCUUCCAGUCCCUCAACCGCACUAGCAACCUCCAUAUCAUGGGUAAGUUCAUGAGUCCUUUGUAGUGUCGAGUCAAUGCUGCUAAUUAUUGCUGUUAAACAAAGGAGUCCGCUCAUACUGAACUUUGAUCAUAAGUUUUAUUCAUAUCACAAGAUUUCAGCAUAAGUUUACGGAUGUCAUGAUCACCCGGAGAGCAGUGGUUCCCAAAUUGCAAAUGUCUGCUCUGCUCUUCUUCGUUUAAACCCAGUAUAUAUAAUCUUCCCCAAAAUAUGGGUGGCUCCCUCUACUGUCCAAUCCCCUGUCUACAACACACACUCCCUGUCUGUUGUAUGGGGCGUCACACUAAAACAAUUCCCUCUGACACUAAAUAAACAUCCUCUCAGGUUCCACUGAAAAACAUUAACAAAGUCAUAAUCUUAAUACACUACACCUUCCUAUGCGUGAUUUGGCCAUAGAGUUGGAUAGAGGGCCCAAAAAGCUAUUUAGUACAUCUCUAUAGAUUUGGUUAUCUCUGGGGAUGUAAGCGCUGUUUGACGUCAGUGCUCUUUCUGUUGCGUAGAUUUGGAGGAGAUGCUGCACCAGCUUGGUGUGGGAGGUGGUGAGGGAGGGGCCUAUCACUCACAUUGCAGGGAGAGGCGGAGCAUCACAGGCCCCUCCCAUAUAGGUUGUGUCCAUGAGCCUUUGGGGAUCAACACAGACUGGACACAGGUGAAACAGAAACUCAGACCCCACAUUUUGUGGUGAAAACUGAUUUGAGCUGUAAAGGCUCACGGUUCGAACUUGAGGAAUCACGAUGGAGAGCUUUCCCAGAUAAAAUAUUUUACUAUAUUUUAUAUUCUUCUCUGUUUGAUUAGGUAUGCUUCUCAGCCAAUCAGCUGGUGGAUAUUUUUGUUCUGGAUCCGCAUUUGCCAAUUUCCCGGGAUCACUUCAGACAAAUCUGCCCAGCUGUCAUCCAGCAGUUGCUAGGGAAUGCCUGUGAGUCCACAGAGCCAGCUACACAAGGAUCUCCACCCAGUGCCAUUGAGAGUAAGACACUGUACCUCACAACCCAUCAUUAGAAAUCAACAGCUUGUCUACACUGUCCUUUGGCCAAUGUCAAUAUCUAGCUAAGAUGUUCAGCAUGCCCCCAUUUGUCACUAUUUGUCCUGAGUAGAGUCUAAAACAUGUAUAGUCCAUCUGUUGAACAAUGCCGUUUAUGUAUGGCUACAACACAUAAAGCUGCUGUAGUCUGUCUCUUAACUAUUGAUGUUAUCUCUGCUAUAGUUCUGAACACAUCACUGUCUCUGCUCUCUCUGUAGAAUAUGGCUACAGUACAGCUGCUGUGUUACUCAUCACUGUGGGCUCCAUGUUGGGCAUCUGCUUGAUCUUCUUGAACUCCUGCCAGGAGACCUAUGCCCUCAUCCUGCAGCUCUUUGUGGGCCUGGCUGUGGGCACCCUAUCAGGGGACGCCCUCCUGCACCUCAUACCACAGGUAUAGGGCACAGAGGCCAUGCUCAUCCCACAUGUAUAGGGCAGAGGUCACACUUAAACCCCAGGUAAAGGGCACAGAGGCCUCAUAAACCUCAAACCACAGUUAUAGGGAAUAGAGGUUAUCUCCUAAAUGGUGACAUCUCCCAAGUACAUAAAAAUGGUGUUAUAGCUGUUUCAUCUAAACAGGCCAACCUAUUUGGUCUAAGAUAUUUUCUAAAACUGCAUAACAACGUUUUAACCAUUGUAAAACAAACAGUGUGGUCAGUGACAUCAAUUGGGAUUUCCUUUCUAUCUUAGCUCCCCUUUUUUCUAUAGUCAUCAUGAGUCAUGACUACUGGACUGAUUACAAAACAUAUAAGAAUGCUUUCAGUGUAGAUUAAAUGUCUCAUUGUUUUCUCUCCCUGUCUCCUCUGGAGAUCCUUGGCCUCCAUGAUGACAGUCACCAAGACAAUCAUCACUUUACUGAGGGAAAGGAAUAUCUGUGGAAGAUAUUGGGAAUCAUCGCUGGAAUCUACAGCUUUUUCCUCAUCGAAAGGAUCUUCUCCCUUGUGAUGCCAUCACAUGGUCAUGUAAGAUGACAGUUUUUACUAAAGUAUUUCUGUCUGUCUCUUGGCAUAUCCGUCUUCCUGUUUAAAACAACGAAUAUGCAGAUUGUUACACACCAACAUCGAACUACAGGCCUGGAAAUGAUCAACAUCCUGAGGUAACUCAACAAAACAACAAAACACAAGGAGGUAACAAUAACAACAAUAACUGUUAGCAGGCUGUUUCACUCUUAUGAAUAACCAGCACGUCCUCAUCCGAACGUUAUCUGUGGAAAUCCAUUAAAAAACAAGUUAUUCAUUACUGUUUUCCCAUUGGUUCCCAUUGGCCCUGGCUGAAACCAGGAAUGAAGCUGCAUCCCUAUGGGUCCUGGUCAAAAGUAGUGCACUACAUAGGGAAUAGGGUGCCAUUUGGGACAGAGCCGGAGCUGAGCUGACUGUGCAGGUGGCUGUGGCUCUGGAUGAUGGCCUCUGGAGUGACUGGAGACUGAUGAGUCUCUUUUUAUCUGGCAGGGUCACGGGGGCCUGGGCCAUUCCCAUGACCUCCCCCGAGAGCUCAACUGCAACGGCCAGUCACAGAGGGGCAAGUCCAUCUCAACCAUGCAGCUGGUGAGUCUGUUUGUCCCUCUCUAGCACCCAUACAGUAGCGUAACUGGCAGCACUUUUAAAAAAAACAUGUUCAGUGAUUGCACUCACUAACUGUAAGUCGCUCUGGAUAAGAGUGUCUGCUAAAUGACUAAAAAAUGUUAAAAAUUGCAUCAAUGGACGGAUGAAGCAGUAUGAAACCUAUAGGUGGCCCUUGAACUUCCUCAGAUAAGAGCAGAAGGAAAGAACUCAAUUGAAGGUGCAUCCUCAUGCAUGUGUCCCCUAGGCUUGUUUGGACAUGAGCUGUCUCUACUUUUUGAGCGCUUUUGAGGUUUCUGCUUUGAAGAGAGACAAACAGCUGCGGUGGUAUAACUGUGUUCCUGUGUCCACUGAUGCUUCAAAUUAGCGCUGAUGACAAAUCUGUCAACCCUCUUUGAACUGGUUGAACACAAUUGGCGUGAUGGCAUAGAUUACUGUUCUCAAUAUUAGGAAAUACAGUUGAAGUCGGAAGUUUACAUCUUAGCCAAAUACAUUUAAACUCAGUUUUUCACAAUUCCUGACAUUUAAUCCUAGUAAAAAUUCCCUGUUUUAGGUCAUUUAGGAUCACCACUUUAUUUUAAGAAUGUGAAAUGUCAGAAUAAUAGUAGAGAGAAUGGUUUAUUUCAGCUUUUAUUUAUUUCAUCACAUUCCCAGUGGGUCAGAAGUUUACAUACACUCAAUUAGUAUUUGGUAGCAUUGCCUUUAAAUUGUUUAACUUGGGUCAAACGUUUCGGGUAGCCUUCCACAAGCUUCCCACAAUAAGUUGGGUGAAUUUUGGCCCAUUCCUCCAGACAGAGCUGGUGUAACUGAGUCAGGUUUGUAAGCCUCCUUGCUUGCACACGCUUUUUCAGUUCUGCCCUCAAAUGUUCUAUAGGAUUGAGGUCAGGGCUUUGUGAUGGCCACUCCAAUACCUUGACUUUGUUGUCCUUAAGCCAUUUUGCCACAUCUUGGGGUCAUUGUCCAUUUGUAAGACCCAUUUGCGACCAAGCUUUAACUUCCUGACUGAUGUCUUGAGAUGUUGCUUCAAUAUAUCCACAUAAUUUUCCUUCCUCAUGAUGCCAUCUAUUUUUUGAAGUGCACCAGUCCCUCCUGGAGCAAAGCACCCCCACAGCAUGAUGCUGCCACCCCCGUGCUUCACGGUUGGGAUGGUGUUCUUUGGCUUGCAAGCAACCCCCUUUUUCCUCCAAACAUAAAGUGGGGGAAAAAAGUAUUUAGUCAGCCACCAAUUGUGCAAGUUCUCCCACUUAAAAAUAUGAGAGAGGCCUGUAAUUUUCAUCAUAGGUACACGUCAACUAUGACAGACAAAUUGAGAAAAGAAAAUAAGUAUUUGGUCACCUACAAACAAGCAAGAUUUCUGGCUCUCACAGACCUGUAACUUCUUCUUUAAGAGGCUCCUCUGUCCUCCACCCGUUACCUGUAUUAAUGGCACCUGUUUGAACUUGUUAUCAGUAUAAAAUACACCUGUCCACAACCUCAAACAGUCAAACUCCAAACUCCACUAUGGCCAAGACCAAAGAGCUGACAAAGGACACCAGAAACAAAAUUGUAGACCUGCACCAGGCUGGGAAGACUGAAUCUGCAAUAGGUAAGCAGCUUGGUUUGAAGAAAUCAACUGUGGGAGCAAUUAUUAGGAAAUGGAAGACAUACAAGACCACUGAUAAUCUCCGUCGAUCUGGGGCUCCACGUAAGAUCUCACCACGUGGGGUCAAAAUGAUCACAAGAACGGUGAGCAAAAAUCCCAGAACCACACGGGGGGACCUAGUGAAUGACCUGCAGAGAGCUGGGACCAAAGUAACAAAGCCUACCAUCAGUAACACACUAUGCCGCCAGAGACUCAAAUCCUGCAGUGCCAGACGUGUCCCCCUGCUUAAGCCAGUACAUGUCCAGGCCCGUCUGAAGUUUGCUAGAGUGCAUUUGGAUGAUCCAGAAGAGGAUUGGGAGAAUGUCAUAUGGUCAGAUGAAACCAAAAUAGAACUUUUUGGUAAAAACUCAACUCGUCGUGUUUGGAGGACAAAGAAUGCUGAGUUGCAUCCAAAGAACACCAUACCUACAGUGAAGCAUGGGGGUGGAAACAUCAUGCUUUGGGGCUGUUUUUCUGCAAAGGGUCCAGGACGACUGAUCCGUGUAAAGGAAAGAAUGAAUGGGGCCAUGUAUCAUGAGAUUUUGAGUGAAAACCUCCUUCCAUCAGCAAGGGCAUUGAAGAUGAAACGUGGCUGGGUCUUUCAGCAUGACAAUGAUCCCAAACACACCGCCCGGGCAAUGAAGGAGUGGCUUCGUAAGAAGCAUUUCAAGGUCCUGGAGUGGCCUAGCCAGUCUCCAGAUCUUAACCCCAUAGAAAAUCUUUGGAGGGAGUUGAAAGUACGUGUUGCCCAGCGACAGCCCCAAAACAUCACUGCUCUAGAGGAGAUCUGCAUGGAGGAAUGGGCCAAAAUACCAGCAACAGUGUGUGAAAACCUUGUGAAGACUUACAGAAAAUGUUUGACCUGUGUCAUUGCCAACAAAGGGUAUAUAACAAAGUAUUGAGAAACUUUUGUUAUUGACCAAAUACUUAUUUUCCACCAUAAUUUGCAAAUAAAUUCAUAAAGAAUCCUACAAUGUGAUUUUCUGGAUUUUAUUUUCUCAUUUUGUCUGUCAUAGUUGACGUGUACCUAUGAUGAAAAUUACAGGCCUCUCUCAUCUUUUUAAGUGGGAGAACUUGCACAAUUGGUGGCUGACUAAAUACUUUUUUCCCCCACUGUAACGAUGGUCAUUAUGGCAAAACAGUUCUAUUUUUGUUUCAUCAGACCAGAGGACAUUUCUCCAAAAAGUACAAUCUUUGUUCCCAUGUGCAGUUGCAAAUCGUAGUCGGUCUUUUUUAUGGCGGUUUUGGAGCAGUGGCUUCUUCCUUGCUGAGCGAUAUAGGACUCGUUUUUACUGUUGAUAUAGAUACUUUUGUACCUGUUUCUUCCAGCAUCUUCACAAGGUCCUUUGCUGUUGUUCUGGGAUUGAUUUGCACUUUUCGCACCAAAGUACGUUCAUCUCUAGGACACAGAACGCGUCUCCUUAUUGAGCGGUAUGACGGCUGCGUGGUCCCAUGGUGUUUAUACUUGCGUACUAUUGUUUGUACAGAUGAACGUGGUACCUUCAGGCAUUUGGAAAUUGCUCCCAAGGAUGAACCAGACUUGUGGAGGUCUACAAUUUUCUUUCUGAGGUCUUGGCUGAUUUCUUUUGAUUUUCCAUGAUGUCAAGCAAAGAGGCACUGAGUUUGAAGGUAGGCCUUGAAAUGCAUCCACAGGUACACCUCCAAUUGCCUCAAAUUACAUUUACAUUUUAGUCAUUUAGCAGACGCUCUUAUCCAGAGCGACUUACAGUUAGUGAGUGCAUACAUUAUUUAUAUAUUUUUUUUUCAUACCCCCCGUGGGAAUCGAACCCAAAACCCUGGCGUUGCAAACGCCAUUCUCUACCAACUGAGCUACAUCCCUGCCGGCCAUUCCCUCCUCUACCCUGGACAAUGCUGGGCCAAUUGUGCGCCACCCCAUGGGUCUCCCGGUCGCGGCCGGCUAUGACAGAGCCUGGAUUCGAACCAGGAUCUCUAGUGGCACAGCUAGCACUGCGAUGCAGUGGCUUAGACCACUGCGCCACUCAGGAGGCCGAAUGAUGUAAAUUAGCCUAUCAGAAGCUUCUAAAGCCAUGACAUCAUUUUCUGGAAUUUUCCAAGCUGUUUAAAGGCAUAGUCAACUUAGUAUAUGUAAACUUCUGACCCACUGUAAUUGUGAUACAGUGAAUUAUAAGUGAAAUUAUCUGUCUGUAAACAAUUGUUGGUAAAAUUACUUGUGUUAUGCACAAAGUAGAUGUCCAAACCGACUUGCCAAAACUAUAGUUUGUUAACAAGACAUUUGUGGAGUGGUUGAAAAAUGAGUUUUAAUGACUCCAACCGAAGUGUAUGUAAACUUACGACUUCAACUGUAUGUGUCAUUUUAACAAAGCCACUAUUAGGCCUAUCAAAAACAAGAAAAAACAUGGGUGAAGGUGGCGGAGGUUUGGAGUGAGAGUGGGAGAAAUGAUCUGCCAAUGUGCUCUGGGAGGCUAAUAUAAAAGCACAGGAAUUCAAAAGAGGCCUAUAGGAUUCGAAAUUAUUUUGUUAACAUUUUGAACAGUUUGAACUCUGAUGUUGCCAUGUACAGAAUGUUGCAUUGCAGGGAAAGUGAAGAGUGGUGUGGGCGAGAGUAAAUCUGUAACAGGCCAUGGUGUAGGAGACCUUGAUGCUGCUGUUGAAUAAUUCAGGCCUGAUGCGGACAGUGAGAGGAGUAGACUGUUCAUGAUAUAGACAGGGGGAACUGUCACUGAUUUGCUGCUUUGUCAUGGAUCGGAGUAAUGUCAUUGUAAUGCAGUGUAAUGUAAGAAAAAAAUCCUCCAAUGUGUUUGUCUCUCCCCUACAGGGAACAGUGGAGGACUUGGAAUGCACAGAAAUCCCAUCAGAGGAACCAAGAACCCCUUCACAUCAGACGAGUGAGUAAGAUAUUUCAUCAAUCAAUCAAUCAAAUGUAUUUAUAAAGCCCUUUUUACAUCAGCAGAUGUCACAAAGUGCUAUACAGAAACCCAGCCUAAAACCCCAAAUAGCAAGCAAUGCAGAUGUAGAAGCACAGUGGCUAGGAAAAACUCCCUAGAAAGGCAGGAACCUAGGAAGAAACCUAGAGAGGUGCCAGGCUCUGAGGGGUGGCCAGUCCUCUUUGUCCUCCUUUCUCCUUUAUCUUCACUCACUGUCCCCAAGUCCUCAGUUCCAUCUCUGUUUAAUAAUAAUAAAUAAUAAAUAAUAAUAUGCCAUUUAGCAGACGCUUUUAUCCAAAGCGACUUACAGUCAUGCGUGCAUACAUUUUUGUGUAUGGGUGGUCCCAUGUGUUCAGUUUGAUCCCAUGUGUUUAGUUUGAUCCUGUUCUGUUUUGUUCUGUCCAGUGUGCUGUGUGUAAUGUGGGGCUAGGACUGGGCUAGGGAACAUAGAAGAUGGGCUUUCAGGACAGAGCCGCCACACAGACAGACUUUCUUUGUGUUCCCAGGACAGGGUAUUCCUAUACUGGCUUUGAUGGUAAUCGUGGGAGACAGCCUCCAUAACUUUGCUGACGGCCUGGUGGUGGGGGCGGCCUUCUCCUCGUCCACCGAGACGGGCAUGGCGACCACCGUGGCCAUCCUCUGCCACGAAAUCCCUCAUGAAAUGGGUGAGAAGUCACAAGUCAGAGAGCAGCGGCUCUAAGGUCAAAGGUUGUUGGCAUGGGAUGGCAGCGUUGUUAUUCUUCUUUGGGUUCUUUUGUCAAACAUGACUUGAGUCAUUUGUGUCCCAGUUGCGGAGAACUGAACACGCUGGUUCUAAAUGACCUAAAAUGUCUUCUUCUUCUUCUUCUUCUUCUUCUUCUUCUUCUUCUUCUUCUUCUUCUUCUUCUUCUUCUUCUUCUUCUUCUUCUUCUUCUUCUUCUUCUUCUUCUCUCUCCAUCUCAGGUGACUUUGCGGUGUUGCUAAGCUCAGGUCUCUCUGUGAGGAAUGCAGUGAUGAUGAACCUCCUCAGUGCUCUGACGGCCUUCAUUGGCCUCUAUAUCGGCCUCUUCGUCUCCUCGGAACCAGAGGUCCAGCAGUGGAUCUUCACCGUUACCGCGGGGAUCUUCCUCUAUCUGUCACUGGUAGAGAUGGUGAGACUGGGCUACUGCUGUUCUUAGUGAAACACACACUGAUAGAUAGGGACAGGAGUUUAACCAGACAGUGUCCCCCCCUGAUCAGUCAGCUCACACAGUCAAGAAAAUAUUCUGGCCCUAUUGAUAGGUAAUAGAUUGUUACAAUUCACAGGUGAUUUGUGAUAGAGAGAUGUACCCACUACUCAAACUCCCAGACCCUCAUUUCUCCUUCUUCUCUUCCUCCCCUUUCUCUCUCUCAGCUUCCAGAGAUGAGUCGUGUGAAGACCAACAGGCCCUGUAUCAUGUUCCUCCUGCAGAACCUUGGCCUCCUAAUGGGCUGGGCCUGUCUGCUGCUCCUUGCACUGUUUGAGCACAAACUUAAGUUCUGAUGACACGACACACACAUCUUACUAUGGUAUCUGCCAUGCAAAUAUGUAAUUGAUGGCAAUGUUGACGGUACUUUGUGGUCUUGUUUUUUUAAUCAUUUUGACAUCUUGUUUAUUGAUUACUGUAUUGUUUAUUGAUGCUUGUUAUAAUUGUGUAAAACACCAUAUGAAGACAGUGAACAGCACAUGUAAAAUGUCACAAGUAAGGAACAUUUCAUAAGUGACAGUGAUAGUAGAGUGACGUGAAAAAUAGCAGUGACGAUGUGAAUCAAACGUCAUUUUUGAUCCAGUGGUUACGCAUAAUGUGAAUCCACUUUUGUAUAAAUCAGAUGCCUAAAUGUGAGCUUUAGGAUAUGUACACAUUUUCUAUGUGAUGAUUUAUUUUUGUAUGAUGUACUGUGUAUCAUAGGGCACAUAGCUAGACGAGAUCUUUAUAACAGGUACAUUGCUUGUAUGUGUAUAUUUACCAUGAUAUAAACAUGUAACUACCAAAAUAAAGGAAACA